AUGAGUAUCAAGAGGGAAUCAGAAACGGAUGCACUACAUGCUCAUCUAUUUAAAAAGGCCAGCGCCCACCAGCUUCUCUACUGUCCUGUUGGGAUUGGUUACCAUCUAGAGAUCUUGAGCAAUGGAAGUGUGCAGGGUGUGCACGAGCCAACCGAGCACAGUCAGGUGAGAGUGUUUGCAAUGAAGCCUGGCGUAGUGGGCAUUCAAGGAGUAAAGAGCGGACUGUCUUUAUGUAUGAAUAAAGAAGGAAUUACACGAGGAAUGAAGCAGUUUUCUCCGGACUGUCUGUUUAAAGAGAACCUGGAGGAGAACCACUACACAACAUACUCGUCCGCAGAUCAUCCAGGCCUGUACCUGGCCCUUUCGCACCGAGGACAGCUUAAGAGAGGAAACACGACAGGACCGCAUGAUAUCAGCACACACUUCUUACCUCGAAGCGUCUCAGGGAACUAAACAAAGACGAG